GUGAGAAAGAACGGGAAAAAAUGCAGGCCUAGUCAUCCCGUAGUAGGGCAGGGCUUCAUCAUAUCCUGAGCGGUCCGGUGCCCAUAUCCUCAUGUCCAAGUUUGUGUUGAACGUGCUCUGUCCCACGGGUCACACGGUCACCGUGCCCAGCACGCCCAACGAUACCCUGACGGAUGUGGUGCGGGCAGCGUGUCAGAAACGGGGCGGUUCGCUCCAAGCCCAUCACUUUCAUGUGCUGCAUCAUCAGAAGCGAAUGUCCCUCACGCAACUGGUGCGCCACUCGGGUCUGCCCAAUAAGGCCUGGCUCGAGCUCAAGGAAAAAACGCCCCAAGAGCUGGCCGAGGACGAGAAACGACGGGCCACGCCCAUCCAGGUGGCCUUGCAAGACGAGACGGGCCAACGGAAAAAGUUGGCCUUGGACGGUCAGUUAUCGCUUUGGGCGGUGUUGGCCGCUUUUGAGGUGCCAGUGCCGGCUGCGGAGGAUCCCAUCAUGCCCGUGGUGGUUUUCGGCCGAUCCGAAAUGUGCGGUCGAGACGUUUUGGCGGCCAAAACGCUGCACACCUUGGCCGGCGGUGAAGGUCGGGUGCUUUUGCGGUUCUUAACCAAGGCCCAGCACUCGCAAGGCCAAUUGAAAGGCACAUUUGAUAUCCAAGUCCGUCAUGGCCAGGCCCAACGCUCGUCCAGUCCGCCCAUUCGCCCUAUGCGGGCUACCUUGGAAGACACCGGCACGGAACACUUGAUCCCCAAACCCGUGGAUCAGCCGGUGGAACCCGUCGAGCCCAUGGAGGUGGAAGGGUCCAAAAUCAUAAAAGAUGAGGUCGAAUCGCCAGCCCGUCCCGAACCGGCCGUCAAAGUUGAAGCACCCGUGAAAUCCGAGCCCGACCCUGGUAGCUCCUCUUCCUCCGCCCAAGACGUUGUCGUGGGGACUGAGGUGAAGGUGGAGCCCGUGAUUAAUUAUAUCCACGAGGACCAUUCAGCCGUGGUGUAUCGAUUAGAUGAUGGAUCCGUGAGUGCGCGAUGCCAGGUGGACGAUUCAUUCUUUGAUUUGACCGUGGAAGAGGUGCGGCGCUUGUAUCAGGAGCGCAUCAAGGAAGUGAAACGAUUGGAAGAAGGCGAACAACUCGUGACCAAGGGGUACAAGGAGGCGCAAAAAGAGGCUCAAAAGUUGCAGACCCUUCAACAGUUUCAUAAAUCCGUCAUCCGGAUACAAUUCCCGGAUAAGCUCGUGCUCCAGGGGGUCUUUCUCUCCGGUCAAACCAUUGCCGAUGUCAAAGCAUUCAUUCAGCAAUUCUUAAUCCAUUCGGAUGACGCCUUUGACCUCUUCGUCACCCCGCCUAAGACGAUAUUAUCACCGGAUAUGAAUUUGUUGGAUGCGGGCUGUGUGCCGUCGGCCUUGCUUUACUUUACCUCCCCCGCUCAACGCGACCGAUAUUUGAAGUCCGAGCUGGACCAAAGCCUCUCCAAUCAGGCUGGAGCUCGUCAGGCUGUGAGGAAUGCGGAUAGAAAACGCCCCACGCGACUCGUUCGACCUCCAAGUCAAGAUGUGGCCGAAAUAUGCCAAAGUGCUCUGAAUGAUCAGCCGUCAACAUGCGGUUCCCGGUCGAUAACCGCAGAGCCUACCUCUGACUCCACGGAUGUCAGCCCGCCUAAGAUUCAAACUACUAGCGCUGACAAACUACCUAAAUGGCUAACCAAAGGCAAACAAUUAUAGACAAUGAGACAACAUACAGUUUUUACCACUAAUCAUGCAAAUAAUUAUGAGAUCAAUCAUGAUUGUUCCAUUGAA